UCCCGCAAUGGCUGUACUUCUCACACUGCUUGCAACAGUCGGGCCUGUUCUCAUCAUCGUUGUUAUUGCCGCAAAGCUCCUCACACUUUAUAGACGACGUCGGUACUUACAGACAGCCUUCCAAGACUUUGCUGGUCCAAAACCUCACUGGUGGUAUGGCAAUCUGGACGAGGCACGUGGGGACUACGAAGGGAUGUUGCGUAUUUCAAGGUACGCGAACCAGUACGACGGGGCCUUCCCCGUGUGGGUGGGGCCGGGGGAGGCGUUCCUCAUGUCCGUGCACCCGUCCACAGCCAGAACGCUGCUCUCAGGGACAGAUCCUAAGGAUGAAUUUUCUUACGCACUGAUGCGACCAUGGAUUGGCGAUGGUUUGCUGCUGAGUAAAGGGGAGAAAUGGUCUCGAACCCGCGCUCUUGUCACACCGGCCUUCCACUCGAACCUGCUGAAACACAGCACUGACGUAUUCCGUGACUGCACUAACAUCCUGGUGAGUAAGCUCCGUGCCAGCGAGGGGCCUGAGGAGAUGUUCCUCCACACCAGCCUUCUCACUAUGGACUCCAUGAUGAGAUGUCUGUUCGGGUACGAAACUAACUGUCAGCUUGACAGGGAGCGCCACUCCUACAUACAGGGCGUAUACGACGUAUCAGAGCUAAUCGUCAAGCGGAUCAUGACGCCAUUACAUCAUAACGACAUCAUCUACAGCCUGUCACAAGAUGGCAAAAGGUUCCAAGCCGCAUGUGAUUCAAUUCAUGAGCAUUCCCGGAAGAUCGUUAGACAUCGCCGGAAGUUGCUGGAGACAGAAGACCCCGGAUGCAGGCCGAUGGAUUUCCUCGAUAUUCUGAUGACGUCAAAGGACAGUGACGGUCAGACUCUCAGCCAGCAGGAGAUCCUUGACGAGGUGGACACCUUCAUGUUCGCGGGUCAUGAUUCCACGUCCAGCUCCUUGACCUGGUGUCUCUGGCACCUCGCCAAACACACACAACACCAAGACACGUGCAGGGCGGAAGUUGAUGACGUUAUGGGGGACAGGGAGGAUAUCACGUGGGAUGAUGUCAGCAAGCUUGACUUUCUAACGAUGUGUGUGAAAGAGAACAUGCGUCUACUGCCACCUGUACCAAGUAUCUCGCGCUUCACAGAAAGGGAGAUAACUCUACCAGAUGGUCGAGUUGUCCCGAAAGGGAUCAGGGUCACCGUGUCGCUGUUUGCGCUUCAUAGAAACCCGGAUGUGUGGCACGACCCCGAGGUGUUUGAUCCUUACCGCUUCUCAAACGAGGAGAUGGGUGCAUCAGACUUCUUCCUGACGUUUUCGAUGGGACCCAGGCGAUGUGUGGGGAAGUCAUUCGCCAUGCUCCAAGUCAAGCUCGUGAUAGCUAUGCUAUUACGUCACUUCCGGUUUAGCAUCAUCCCUGGGAAACCUGCGCAGCCAGAGAGUUCGCUGAUUCUGCGCAGUAAAGAUGGCGUGUACUUGAAUGUGGAAAGCCUCCGUUCCUGAGCAAGAGGCCCGGAUCGAACAACAUUCGUUCCAGCUUUUGGUUGAAUAAAUAUGAUAAAUAAAUACCCCGAAACUGUG